GGAACUUCGUCUCUCUCUCUCGCUUAAUUUCGCUGGAGCCAUUUCGUUUCGUGCUCCGCUGCAGUUCCGUUUCGAGUUUCGUAUUCUGCCCGUUUUUGUCAAUAAAAAUUUGGUAUUGCGUCGGCCGAUUGGUUCUUCAGCUUCUUCAUAUCAGACUGGUUCUUAGCUAUGUUUCUGAUCUUUAAAUAGCCAUGCAUUGUCGGCACACGAUUUCCUAUUUUGUAGCGAUGAAGUUUCGGUUCAGUUAGUCGGGUUUUUGAGAAGGCUGUAAUUGUUGUGAAGAAACACUGUUCUGGAGGAGCUCAGUGGAGCGUGGACAGUUGUUCGUGUUUUUUUUAUAAACUUUGGUGGUAUGUUGAGGUACUCUGAAGAAAAGUAGUUCCGUUACAGUCGACUGGUGGUGUGCGAAAUAAUCUAUUCUGCAGUUUUGCGGAGCAACAUCGAAUCAUCAAAAUACAGGUCAUGCGGUGCUAAUUUCGAGAAACAGAGAAUAUGGCGGUCAAACAGCUCCUGAAACUGAAAUUUUUCAACGAAACCUUUUCUUUUGACAAGUUUUUUGACUCCUUGGUGGAAGGCAUCUCACCACCUAUUAAGAUUGAAGAAUAUGAUACCGCAGUUGGUGGUAGUGACACUGCAAUUGAAUCAAUUUUGCAGUUUCCGGAGGCUCCCAAAUUCCGCCCUCUCUUUGAGGGUGCUCGGAAGGAAGUUGGUGACCUCUGUUUGAAGAUUGAUGUUGUUUUGGACAAACUCCGAAUGGAUUUUGUAGCGUAUGAAAAUAAGCAUAAGGAGAGCUUUGAGGAGCUACAGGAGGGAGUAGAAGAUUUGACAGAGAACUUCGAUCGGUUGGAUUCUCGAGUCGCAAGUGUAAGUGAAACUGCGGCUGAAAUUGGUGAUCAACUAAAGAAUGCAGAUUUUCAAAAGAAAACUGCAAACGAAACCAUCAAUCUAGUGAGAUUCAUGAUGUACUUCAACGAAACUUCAGGGUACGUCGGAGAGGAGCCAUCCUUGUUUUUCGAUGAUGAUCGAGUUGCUGAGGCUGCAGCAGUUGCUCAAAAACUCCGAGCAAUUGCUGAGGACAGUAUAAGUGGUGUACAUGGAGUACCAGCUCACACUGCUUUGAAUGGAAAUGGUGGUUUGGAAGUAGCAGCCAAAAACUUGCAAGCUUACUGUAACGAGUUAGAAAAUCGACUCUUGGGGAAAUUUGAUGCAGCAUCUCAAAAAGGAGACCUUUGGACCAUGAGGAAUUGUGCUAUUAUCUUAAACCAGUUUAACAAAGGAGGUAGUGUCAUGCAAAGAUAUAUUGCAUCUAGACCUAUGUUUAUGGACUUGGAAGUAAUGAGCAAAGAUGCGCAUGCUAUUCUGGGAACUGAGGAAGGCAUUGCGCAAGUGGACGAUCUCAUGAAUAGUCUCGCUUCUGUUUACAAGGAAAUCGCAGACAGUGUCCAGACGGAGGCAAAGACAGUGGCUGUUGUCUUUCCAUCACCUGAUGCAGUCAUGUCCAUUCUUGUGCAAAGAGUAAUGGAGCAGCGGGUCAACUUGUUGAUAGAGAAAAUUGUUUCAAAACCAUCACUUUCAAGUCCGCCACCCAUGGAACAAGGUGGUUUACUUCUUUACUUGAAUAUUCUUUCUGGAGCAUAUGGAAAGACCAAGGAACUGGCGAACGAAUUUCAAGCAAUUGGUUGUGGGGAACUAAAUAUGGAGGCCUGCGUUGAAUCUUUAUUCAAAUCCUACUUAGAAGAUUAUGCUGAGUUCGAGCUAACUUCACUAAACCAGCUCCAUAAAGCCAAGGUCCAAACUUUACUUCUCUCUUGGAAGCUCAAAUAUCAAAAGACAUUGGAGCUCAAGUCGUGUCCACUAGCUGACAUUUCUCAGUCGCGAAGAAAUUCAAUUCUACAUCCAUUCUCACCCGUAUCGCCGCAAAGGAGAAACUCAGCCAUGCAUUCUUAUGCUCCCAUCUCAGUGUCAGUGGUGGAAGAAUUUGUGGAGUGGAAUGAAGAGGCUGUAACCCGUUGCAAACUGCUUACUCUCAAGGAGCCGCCUGGCAUCCUCGCGACGAAUAUGAAGGCCAUAUUUACCUGCCUCCUUGACCAGGUGAGCCAGUAUGUUACCGAAGGUCUGGAGAGAGCUAUUGAGGCAUUGAAAGAAGCUGCAGCCCUCCGGGAACGUUUUAUGUUCAACUCAAACACCAACAGGAAGGUCGUUUCAGCUAUGGCCGUUGCAGCAGAAGCUGCAUCUUCGGCAGGAGAAAGUAGCUUCCGUGCUUUCAUGGCGGCCAUUCAAAGUGCAACAACCAACAUGACCAUGCUGCAGCGAUUUUUCAACGCAUCAGUUUCACAAUCCCUCCUGGCUCAAGAGGGAGCACAUGCUGCGUGUUGUGAUGCAAUUGCAUCAGCAAUAGCUGACGCUGAGAAUGCAGCCUUAAGAGGACUACAGGGCUCACUUGACACUGUCCUUGCUGAGGUUGAAAGGUUGUUAGCCGCAGAGCAAAAAGCGACAGACUACAAGCUGCUCGACGAGAGUUUGACGCCUGAGCCUACUACUGCGUGUUCGAGUAACGAAUGGAGCCUUAGACGGGCUCAACAGAGAAGCCUUCUUGAUACAACUGGUAAUUCACCUAAGCUUCAUUCACAGCAAACUUGAACACCUCGUGGGGUGAUCCUGGUCAAUUACCCGUAAGUAUCACGUGGAGUUCUGAUUAUUUGUAGUAAUAAUCUUGUCUUACAGGGGUAUGGACUGUAUAAAUCGCUGAUUCAGAACUGGAAGCGAUUUGCCUUCAAUCCAAGGUUACAUGAUUGAUACCUUCGCGGACACAAGCGUAACAUAUCAGUCUAAGUUUUGAAUCCCCUAUUGCUAUUGGUGGAGCUUGUGUAUAAUUUACCUUGACUAGUGGAUUGUAGACAAGACUUUCAUGUCUGUCAAUUAAUGUGACCAUUUUGCAGUGGGGGUCUGCGGUUGAAGCGUGAUGUAUCUGAGUACGCUGCCUUUGCACGAAGAUUCAUGACACCGGCAGUUGACGAGAAGUUUGUUCUUUUUGGGAUGUGAGUUGUUUAAUCGUUAAAUGUCUCACAAAAUUUUUCUUGAAUAUUACCUAUCUUGGAGCGACCGAACUGAUAAAGUUCGAUGUAUAUUUCGAGUGCUCUCAUGGCAGGAUGGUGAAUGUCUUCAUCGUAGCACCCGAGAGUUUGCCUACCUUGAUGGAGGGGAUGUUACGGGAUGUGAGAGAGGAAGCACUCGGGUAUUCAACUUAAUCUUCGAAAGCCUUCUCGAAUGCAGUACUUCGUCCAUGGUUGCUGAGUAUGUACCAAUCGCUCAUGGCUUUUCCUGUGCAGAUUAAUAGAGUUGCGAGAUGAUUACAAGAAAGCCAAAGUUGCUAACAUUCUCAGCAGCAUGAACACGUGAACUAUGCUGUCAUAUGAAGCAAAUAAUUGGAAGGAAAAUCUAAGAUUUGUUUCAGGUUCUAAGGCCUACUCUUUCCUAAUCCAGCACUGUAGUAAAAAGGAAAAAUUACACGCUUGAAUUGGAUCAUUUCAAAACUAAUCAGUCGCAUCUGCAGAGGGGAAAAUUUGUGAUAGUUAGUGAACUAAUGCAAAGACAAUCUAUCCGGUAGAGUAUACAUCUAUACAGUUUUAACCUGAUGAAAAAAGUUGUCCGCAAAAUGAACUGAAAAAAGGACGUUGGUCAACGUGUAACAUGAAAUAAUGCGGACAUGCAAAUUUUCUUGACAAUUUAA